AUGAAACCACGAUUCCAAACCCUAUCCCGGGCUCUUCGCUCCUUCUCCACUACGAUCGAGCCCGCGAAGCCCCAAUUCGAGCAGACCUUAGCCAGCCUGCGAGCCCGUUUGGCUGCUGAAUCCCCCAUCAUCUCCGACUUCGUCGACCUCCAAUCCAACGACUCUUACUCCGUCGAGGUCGGGACCAAGAAGAAGCCGCUUCCCAAACCGAAGUGGAUGAAAGAAGCGAUUCCGGGAGGAGAGAAGUAUGUUCAGAUCAAGAAGAAGCUGAGGGAAUUGAAGCUCCACACUGUCUGCGAGGAGGCGAAAUGCCCUAAUUUGGGGGAGUGCUGGUCCGGCGGCGAAACAGGGACUGCCACGGCUACUAUUAUGAUUCUGGGAGAUACUUGCACGCGUGGGUGUAGGUUUUGUAAUGUGAAGACAUCGAGAACUCCUCCACCGCCUGACCCGAACGAGCCAGGAAAUGUGGCCGAGGCGAUUGCGUCGUGGGGACUGGAUUAUGUGGUGAUUACCAGUGUCGAUCGUGACGAUUUGGAUGAUCAGGGCAGCGGGCAUUUUGCUGAAACCGUGCAAAAGUUGAAGGCUUUGAAGCCCAAAAUGCUUAUAGAAGCCUUAGUUCCUGAUUUCCGAGGGGACUCUGGUUGUGUCGAGAAGGUUGCAACAUCAGGAUUGGACGUCUUUGCUCACAACAUUGAGACAGUUGAAGAGCUUCAAAGUGUUGUAAGGGACCACCGUGCUAACUUCAAGCAAUCUAUAGAUGUUCUAAUGAGGGCCAAAGAGUAUGCCCCUGCUGGAACGCUAACCAAGACAUCGGUAAUGCUGGGAUGUGGUGAAACACCUGAACAAGUUGUGAAAACUAUGGAGAAAGUGAGAGCAGCAGGUGUUGAUGUGAUGACUUUUGGUCAAUAUAUGAGACCAUCGAAGCGCCAUAUGUCUGUAUCUGAGUACAUUACCCCUGAGGCCUUUGAGAAGUACAGAGUUCUAGGCAUGGACAUGGGAUUUCGGUACGUGGCAUCUGGUCCGAUGGUUCGAUCAUCAUACAAGGCGGGCGAAUUCUACAUCAAAUCAAUGAUUGAGUCAGAUCGCAGCGCCGCAGCUGUAUCUUAA